UAUUCAGCCGGAGGUUCUCCCAGCCCGGCAGGGGGAAAUAGGGAUGGGAGGGAACGGCAUUGUCCGGCAUCCUCCGGAGCAGCCAUGAAACCCUUCCCGUGGCGGGGAGGGAGGAAGAACGCCUCCCCGGCCCAGCCGCCCGGCGAUAACCUGGGAUUGUUGGGUUUCCCCUUGGGAAGAAGGAGGUUUUUCCAACAAUCGGUGGGUUUUUACAGAAAAGCAGCACCUGGGGUUGAGUCACGUCCCGUUUUCUUCCCUCUCUGGCCGCGGGCAGGCGUCUCCUCGGCGGUGCUGGAGGUGCACGUGGGGACGGGGUCGGUCUUCUCGGUGGAAGGGCAGCAAGCGGUGCUGCCCGCCUGGUACACCAGCCACUCCCAGAAGAAGCCCUAUGUCACCUGGCUGCUGGAUAAGGAAGAUGCUGACCCCUUCCAGAUCCUGACCUACAUGGACGGGGUGAUGAAGGUGGAGGAGACAGAGCUGAAGCCCCGCGUGAGCUUCCUGUACCCUAUCCUCACCCACAACAUCUCGCUGUUCAUCAACGCCACCCGGGAGCGUGACUCGGGCCAGUACAUGUGCACCGUCAAUGUGGUGGACGACGCCACCAGCACGGGCAAGAACAUCGGCGUCAUCAACCUCACCGUCCUGGUGCCGCCGGCCCCCCCCACCUGCCGCCUGCACGGUGACCCUGCCGUGGGAGCCAACGUCACCUUGAGCUGUGCCUCCGAGAAGGGGAAGCCCUCACCCGCCUACCAGUGGCAGCGCACAGCCCCCACCCUGCAAGUCUUCUUCCCCCCCGCCCAGGACCGGGCCAGGGGCACCCUCAAGCUGACCAACCUCUCCCUUGACUUGUCGGGCGUCUAUGUCUGCGUGGCCGAAAACCGAGUGGGUUCAGCUGAGUGCAGCAUCAUCCUGGAGGUGCACUCAACUAGCACCAAAGCUGUCAUCGCCGGUGCCGUGUUGGGUUCCCUGGGUGCCCUUGCCACCGUUGUCUUCUUUGCCCGCCGUGUGGUCAGCUACCGGAGGAAAAAACGUGACAGCCAGGAAGAAGCAGCCAAUGAGAUCAAGGAAGACGCUGUGGCCCCCAAAACUCCCUCGUGGGCCCGGAGCCCGGCUGCGGACACCAUCUCCAAAACCAGCACCUUGUCCUCCAUCGCCGGCCCCCGGGAGAGACCCUACGGAGCCAAACCCCCCUCCGACACCGCCUCCAUCCUCACCGCCACCGGCAGCUAC